UUGUGCAUUACGCAGAUCUGUUUCACACAGUUUGGUGAUUUAAUUCUAUAACCAUGACGGAAGGAUUGACGCAGAACGGCGACAUUAAUCCAGCAGAUACCAUCAAGUUGCUUGUUGCAAGCGAUAUUCAUUUGGGUUACGAAGAGAAAGAUCCCAUCCGAGGCGAGGACAGUUUCAUCGCAUUCGAAGAGGUGCUCCAGCAUGCGGUCAUCAACGAUGUGGAUGCGAUCCUGCUCGGGGGAGAUCUGUUUCACAUUGCAAAUCCAUCGAAGAAUACCCUCAAGCGUUGCUUUGAUCUGCUGAAAACGUAUACGUUCGGUAAUAAGCCCAUCGCCUUACAGUUUCUUAACGACCAGAACGAAGACGGCUUUCAGUCGUUCAGCCGUACCCUCAACUAUGAGGAUCCGAACGUUAACAUUGCCAUUCCGGUUUUUUCCAUCCACGGAAACCACGACGAUCCGAGCGGUUUCGGGAGGGUCAGCCCGGUGGACUUGCUUAGUAGCCACGGAUAUGUGAAUUACUUCGGCAAGUGGGUCGAUUUAAGUAGGAUCAUCAUUAAACCGUUGCUGCUGCAGAAAGGCGAAACGAAGCUGGCUUUGUAUGGUCUUGGGCACAUCAGUGACGCGCGGCUUUGUCGCAUGUUUGACGAGGCGAAAGUGUUCCUAGAGAAACCGGAUGAUCCUGGAUGGUUCAAUGUGAUGGUACUCCACCAGAACAGAGCCGAUAGGGGAAUAAAAAAUUACUUGCCGGAGAAUGCACUGCCCAAGUUUUUGGAUUUGGUUAUCUGGGGGCAUGAACACGAUUGUCGCAUCGUGCCGGAGAAGAACGUGGUUAAGGAUUUCUUUGUGAUCCAGCCAGGUUCGACUGUGGCCACUUCGCUUUCCGAGGGCGAAUCGUUACAGAAGUGCUGCGGAUUGCUCAGCAUUUACAAGGAUCUCUUCCGCAUGGAUCCAAUUCCACUGAAAACGGUUCGCCCGUUCGUGUUCGAGUCGGUCAAUUUGGCCUCCUUUCAGGACGAACUGCGUCUGGACGAGGGCGAUGUGAUGAAGAAGGUACAAGAGUUCGCAGCGGAGCGCAUUGAAUCACUGAUCGAACGGUCCAAGGCACAACUAAGCGAUGACGAUCGUCAACCUAAUCUUCCGUUGAUACGACUCCGACUGGAAAUUACCGACACCAAGCAGCAGUUUAAUGCGCUCCGUUUUGGCCACCACUACUUUGGGCGUGUAGGAAACCCUAUCGAUAUGGUGAUCUUUAAGAGAAAAACGACCCGCGCUAAGGACGAAUCGGGUAACAUGCUUGACGACGCGGCUCUCAAGGAACAGUUUCAGAAGGAGCAACGCCACCAUGCCGGAUUACGAGCGGAAGAGAUCGCCGAAAAGUACUUCCGUGAGGUGGGAACGGCGCAUAAAAUGGAGAUAAUGUGCCCGAGCAGCAUGACCGAACUCGUACGCCGUUUGAUGGAUGCUAAAGACUAUGAUGCGGGAGAGAUCGCCAAGUUUUAUGAGCACAAAGCGGUAAAAUUUUUCGAAGCCCAGGUGGACAGUGUCGUCACUGAGGACAACAUUGACGAGGUGCUCGCUGGUUUUCACGACAAUGAGACUAAUUUGCAUGAUCAGAUGCUAGCCAUGUUGGAUCUAAGUGCAUCGAAAACAACGCAUGGGCCGGAUCCGGAUCAAAUUGUAACAAAGGGAAAUGCCACUGACAAGCCUGCUCGUGGAGGAACACGUGGUGGUGCACGAGGCGCUCGUGGUACGGCGGCUAAUAGAACAACUCGUGGAGCUCGUGGCGGUAGGAAAGGACCUGCAGCAGCGUCAACGAUUGCGAAUUCCUCUUCGUUGUUCAGUCAGCAAUCGAAACAGAGUUCAAUCGGGAGCGUCGCGACUCGAACAAACACAACAGCCAAAUCACGUAAUAUAGUUUACGAUUCCGAUUCGGAUUCUGAUUAAGAUUUUUUCCUUCGUUGCUACUACUAUGAACUAUGAUAAGUUAUGUGUCAUGUACAAAUAAACCAGUUAUAUCAGUUAUACUCUUUUCAGAGUAAUUGUAC